AUUGCUGCAAAAUUGACUACAAUGCCUCACGCGCGGAUAGUGUACGGAAGUGGCGUGAAUCUUUUUCAACAGGCGACUCCACUUUAGCCUAAUGUGCUGUCGCUGUAGUUUUCGUAGUGUUUUUUUUUAAACAUUUCUUAUUUCCCACCUGCACCGUUAUUAACUGUGACAAUUCAACCGACGCCGUAUUAGAAGACACAAUGGAGAGAGAUUCCGCCGGUCGCGGAGAGAAGACGAACGUCGCCGCGUCGCUCGGGAGGACAAGUCUCCAUGAGGACAUGUCGCCUGAUGCUAAUCCCCAAGCGUCUCAUGAUGGCGUCGCUGCAGAUGUCGCCCGAGCAAGAUGGACUCUACUUAGACAAGUUUUACGCCAAAAGCAGAUGGACAAUCCCGAGGUCAAACAGGUGUCUGUGCGCCGGUUUGCCUCCUUCGGCCUUUUCAGCAGGAGAAGACUCUCCUCACAGGACCCCUCGCAGGAGCAGUGGGUGGUGUACAGAAGUGUCUUCUUUCCAGAAUACAGUGCCUUGCUCAGGGACAACAUGGGCCCUCUACGAGUUAAUGAAGUGCUCACCAGCUUUGACAACACCGGGAACGUCUGUGUGUGGCCAUCAGAGGAGGCCAUGGCUCAUUACUGUCUGCACAACCGUCACAUGUUCAAGGGCGCCGUCUGCGAGUUAGGAGGAGGCAUGACUUGUCUCGCCGGACUCAUGGUUGCCGUUUGUGCAGACGUGAAGGAAGUUCUGCUAUCAGACGGGAAUGAGAUGUCCAUUCAGAAUGUACGUGGGAUUGUGGAGAGGAACGCGCAAGAAGGAAGGUUUAUGUCAACGCACGUGUCAACCAGGGUGCUUAGGUGGGACUGUGAGACGGACAUGUCAUCGCUAGAAGCCCAUUUUGACGUUGUCAUGUGUGCAGACUGUUUGUUCCUCGACCAGUACAGAGGCAGCCUGGUUGAUGCUAUAAGGAGAUUACUGCAGCCCGACGGCAUGGCCUUGGUGUUGGCCCCACUGCGAGGCGACACCCUGCAGAUCUUCUGUCAGCUGGCCAAGCAGGCCGGACUCUUGGUGUCUCAGCGCCAACAGUAUGACACUCAGGUGUGGGACGUGCAUCUUAAGAUGCUGCAGGAAGGCAAAGAAGCGUACGACGAGAACAUCCACUACCCUCUGCUCAUCACCCUGACCAAAGCACCGAAAGGGCAGUAAAAAACGAAAACAAUAAUGACCUCUGCUGUGCACAUGAUGGUAGUGACCGCGGCGGUGGCGUCUUUUCAACACUGUGAUCCCCUAGUGGUCAGCGUGCGUCACCACACAGCAGUGUCAACAUUUCAUAACUAUAUUGUUUUUCCAGGGGUUUGUAUGUACUUUGGAGUUUGUACUUUGACGUGGCAGUCGCCGUGCUAGGUGACGUCUCCAUGGAAACACUGCCUUUUGGCCUCAGCGCUAGUUUGGUUUCCCGUCAGCAUUGUGCCUUAUAUGUCGCAAAAACGCCUCUCCGCUAUGACAACACGUGGCCCCGACGAAUGUGGCGUGGUAUGUCGCGUAUAUCUUGACACAUACAGAUAGGCGGGUGGUUCUGAAGACUUCUUUCACCAAGUACCGCCUCAGAAAACACUUGGCUCUCCAAGUACCACCAGAAUGACCGACAUUAGAGUACAGUAGCGUUGUAGGCCCAAAUAUUCAUUAAAAACACGACCAAGGUUUUAUUUCACAAAUAUAUUCCAUAGUUUUCGGCCGUUGCAACAUUAUACAUAGUAUGAAUAGUAACACUGUGUUUGAAUAUUUAAUUAGGUGAUUAUUUGGCCUACCACUAGAUGGAGCCUGAGUACUACCAACACAGUUAUAGAUGAAUCACAGUUAAUCCCGUUCUAAUUGAACUAUAAGCCGUUUGCUAACUUUAACUCCUGAGUGGUGCACGUAAUACAGUUUUAGAUAAUGAAAUAGAUUGAUGAAUAAACAAUUCAUCAAUUGUUUAUUGGGGGGCGGGCGUGAAAAAAAUUCUAUACUCUAGAAAAUUGUAACUGUGAGCAAGUUCUAAACAGCCUAUUUGGGGGGUGAGAGGCAUUUGCAUAUAUCUUGACACAUACAGAUGGAUAAAUAAAUAAAUAUUUAUAUCGGGGGGGCGUGAAAAUGUCUGCCAAGUUUCACGCAGCCCAUUUAAUACAGUCCUUCUAGCGUAUAUCUUGACACAUACAGAUAGAUAAAUAAAUAAAUGUUUAUAUCGGGGGGAGCGUGAAAAAUUCUGCCAAGUUUCAGACAGCCCAUUUAAUACAGUCUUUCUUAAAUAGUGAUAUGUAUAAGGGGGCGUAAGGGGCAAUAGCGUAUAUCUUGACAUGUACAGAUAGAUAAAUAAAGAUAUAUUUCGGGGGGGCGUGAAAAAUUCUGGCAAGUUUCAAACAGCCCAUUUAAUACAGUCUUUCUUAAAUAGUGAUAUGUGUAAGGGGGCGUGAGAGGCAUUAGAGUAUAUCUCGACCCAUUCAGAUAGAUAAAUAAAUAAAUAUUUAUUUCGGGGGGGCAUGAGAAAUUAUUUCAAGUUUCAAACAGCCCAUUUAAUACAGUCUUUCUUAAGUAGUGAUAUGUGUAAGGGGGUGUGAGAGGCAUUAGCGUAUAUUUCGACACAUUCAGAUAGAUAAAUAAAUAAAUAUUUAUUUCGAGGGGGGGAGGGCGUGAAAAAUUCUUCCAAGUUUCAAACAGCCCAUUUAAUACAGUCUUUUUAAAAUAGUGAUAUGUAUAAGGCGGUGUGAGGGGCAAUAGCGUAUAUCUUGACACAUACAGAUAGAUAAAUAAAGAUAUAUUUCGGGGGGGGGGCGUGAAAAAUUCUGGCAAGUUUCAAACAGCCCAUUUAAUACAGUCCUUCUUAAAUAGGUAUAUGUGUAAGGGGGUGUGAGAGGCAUUAGCGUAUAUCUCGCCACAUUCAGAUAGAUAAAUAAAUAAAUAUUUAUUUGGGGGGGGGCGUGAAAAAUUCUUCCAAGUUUCAAACAGCCCAUUUAAUACAGUCUUUCUUAAAUAGUGAUAUGUGUGAGGGGGUGUGAGAGGCAAUAGAGUAUAUCUUGACACAGCGAUAUCGAUGAAUAAAAAUUCACUUUGAAGGGGAGGCGUGAGAGGAAAUAGCGUGUAUUUUGACACAUACAGAUAGAUACAUAAUACACAUUCACUUCAGGUGGGGGCCUGAAAUAAUUCUGUGAAGUACCAAACAGCCUGUUUAAUGUAGUGCUUUUUAGAUUGUGAGACGGGCCCCCCAGGGGGGUGUCGUGAUCGUGUGUGUGUGGGGGGGGGGUCGUGAGAGGCAAUUGCGUAUGUUUUGACACCUAGAAAUAGAUAAACAUUCAUUUUGAGGGUGGGGGUGUGAAAGGCAAUAGUGUAGUAGCGCAUUUCUUCACACAGAUAGAUAGAUAGAUAGAUAGAUAGAUACACAUUCACUUUAGGGAGGGGGGGUGCGUGAAAAAAUGAUGUAUUGUUCCAAACAGCCCAUUUAAUACAGUGUUUUGAGGGGGGGCGUGACAGGCAAUAGCAUAUGUUUUGACACAUAGAGAUAGAUAAAUAAACAUUCAUUUUGAAGGGGAUUGUGAGAGGCAAUAGCGUAUGUUUUGACGCAUAGAGAUAGAUAAAUAAACAUUCUCUUUGAGGGAGGGUGUGAGAGGCAAUAACGUAUGUUUUGACACAUAGAGAUGGAUACAUUAACAUUCACUUUGAAAGGGGGUGGGAGGCGUGAGAGGCAAUAGCAUAUGUUUUGACACACAGAUCGAUAAAUUAACAUUCACUUUCAGGGGGGGGUGAGAGGCAAUAGCGUCUGUUUGGACACAUAGAGAUAGAUAAAUAAACAUUCACUUUAAGGGGGGGGGGUGUGAGAAGCAAUACCGUAUGUUUUGACACAUAGAGAUGGAUAAAUCAACAUUCACUUUGUAGGGUGUGGGGGGCGUGAGAGGCAAUAGCAUAUGUUUUGACACACAGAUCGAUAAAUAAACAUUCACGCUGAGGGGGGUGUGAGAGGUAACAGCGUCUGUUUUGACACAUAGAGAUAGAUAAACAUUCAUUUUGAGGGUGGGGUCGUGAAAGGCAAUAGUGUAGUAGCGCAUUUCUUGACACAGAUAGAUAGAUAGAUAGAUAGAUAGAUAGAUAGAUAGAUAGAUAGAUAGAUAGAUAGAUAGAUAGAUAGAUAGAUACACAUUCACUUUAGGGGGGGCGCGUGAAAAAAUUAUGUCUAGUUCCAAACAGCCCAUUUAAUACAGUGUUUUGAGGGGGGGCGUGAGAGGCAAUACCGUAUGUUUUGACGGAUAGAAAUAGAUAAAUAAACAUUCACUUUGGGGUGGGGUGUGAGAGGCAAUAGCGUAUGUUUUGACACACAGAGAUAGAUAAAUAAACAUUCACUUUGAGGGGGAUUGUGAGAGGCAAUAGCGUAUGUUUUGACACAUAGAGAUAGAUAAAUAAACAUUCACUUUGAGGGAGGGUGUGAGAGGCAAUAACGUAUGUUUUGACACAUAGAGAUGGAUAAAUUAACAUUCAC